AAAGCAUUAGUACUGAACAUGUCUUCAUCCAGGGGUUCAUCAGCGAUGCAACGGAGGUUUGUGCUGCUGGCACUGUCCCUGCUCCUCAUCUCCUGGGGCGGCAGAGUCCAGGCGCAGGUGGUGCCGGCGGUGAUCUCGUUCGGUGACUCGACCAUCGACGUCGGCAACAACAACUAUCUGCCCGGCGCUGUCUUCAAGGCCAACUACGCGCCGUACGGGAAGAACUUCAGGCGCCACAAGGCCACCGGCAGGUUCUCCGACGGCAAGAUCGUCACCGACGUCACCUCUGAAUCGCUUGGCUUUGAGGGCUACGCGCCGCCGUACCUCAGCCCGCUGGCGUCAGGGAAGAACCUCCUCGCCGGCGCAAACUUCGGGUCCGCCGCGUCCAGCUACGACGACGACACGGCCGCCCUGUAUGAUGCGAUCACGUUGUCGCAGCAGCUCAAGUACUACAAGGAGUACCAGGCCAAGCUUGCGGCGGUGGCCGGGCGGCGCGGGGCGCGCUCGAUCCUCGCCGACGCGCUGUACGUCGUCAGCACCGGCACCGGCGACUUCCUCCAGAACUACUACCACAACGCCUCCCUGUCCGCGCGCUACGACGUCAACCGCUACUGUGACCACCUCGUCCGCAUUUUCUCCGCCUUCACCGACGAGCUGUACAAGCUGGGAGCACGGCGGAUCGGCGUGACGUCCAUGCCGCCGCUGGGGUGCCUGCCGGCGGCAAUCAGGCUGUACGGCAAGGGCCGCAGUGGGUGCGUGCGUCGGCUCAACGGCGACGCGGAGACCUUCAACCGGAAGCUGAACGCCACCGUAGAGGCGCUGGUGAAGCGGCACGACGGCCUCAAGGUCGCCAUCUUCGACAUCUACACGCCGCUCCGGGAACUCUCCGAGAAACCGGCGGCGCAGGGCUUCUCGGAGGCGAGGAAGACGUGCUGCAGGACGGGGAAGGCGGGGACCAGGGUCUACCUCUGCGACCCGGCCACGGCGGUCGGGAUGUGCCGGAACGCCAGCAGCUACGUGUACUUCGACGGCGUGCACCCGUCGGAGGCGGCCAACUUGGUCAUCGCCGACUCCAUGAUCUCCGCGGGCAUCGACUUACUCACGUAGUAAGCGUAGCUAAACAAGAAUGUGCAGCUUCUGCAGAUCGACGAGCCUACCGACAUACAUAUGUUUCCGUAGCAAUGAUGAUUUCAAUUUGUAUCUACGUACGUACUGCAAAUUAAUGUGAGCUUUUUGUUGCCUAGUUAAUAUAUUAUGAAUAUGUCAUGAAGAGCUUAUAAUU